CUUGCAGUCGCUGCAGGAUGGCUCGCAUGAGAGACAGACCCUGCAAGGGCUUGCAGAGAAAAGGCCCCAUAAGCGAACGCUGGUGCAUCUCUGCAACAGCGGUGACCUAUUGUCAGGGGAUUUAAGGAAUUCAGGGUAUUCGAGGGAUGCACCUGGACUAAAAGAACUGACAUAGGGCCAGGGCGUGCCACCAAGCUAUUCUUUGUGGAAAACUCCCACUCUUACGUAUUUGAGCAGCCUAAGCAGAGCACAAGGGUGUUCAUUUGUCCUGUAAAAGGAAGUGAUCACUCGUACUGUUUUGUCAGGCGUUAUUUCAUGGUCGUUUGUUUUUCGACUUUGUUGUUGGUAACUGUUUUUUUUCAUUGCCCGACAGAAAAGCAGUUUCUGAAUUCAGCGUGUAAUAGAAAUGAAAAUGAAGGGAGUUGUGUUUUGGGUAUUUGCGGUACUGUCUUUAACUCCGGGGCAAGGUAUUUCCGGGGGUUCUAUUCCUCAACCAACCAACCCGUCACUGUCAUGUCAGAAUUUUGAGACUUUUCUUUAUUGGAACUACAGCGACACCUCUCUAAAACCAACAUUCACUGUGGCGGUGAAAGGGUAUAUCUCAGGCGUUGAAAGUAUUGUUGAGAAUACCCCACAUCAUUAUUGCAAUGUCUCCUCCUUCAUCAAUGAUACUGAAGAACAUUAUUUUUUGACCAUAAAAGCGGUUGCCGGAUUGGAGAAUAGCACCCUUAAGCUCCCAAAGUUUUUUUUAAAGGAUACGUGCGUGUUAGAUUUUCCCAAAGUAAAUCUGACGGCUACAGGAAGAACACUCAAGAUACUGUUUAAACAUCCUUUCUUUUUGUACAAAAAAAAGAACCACUCCCUCAAACGAGAACCCAGCAUUGACUAUGAGUAUGAGGUUGAAUACAAGAAGAAAAAUGAGCCGAAUCAGUCAUCCACAAUACGUUUUACCUGUGAGACGAAAGAAUGUGAAAGGGAUUUUAAGGUGCCAAAUGAUGAAGAUUAUUGCCUAUCAUUUAGUGGCAGGAUGUCUGGAAUACAAGUAAUCAGCAGAGAUGAAAUCUGCACAGAAAACCAUCCCAAACAAAACUUUCUAGGUAAAAAGAUCAUUAUCAUCAUUACAGUCAUUGUCUGUGUGAUUGUUCUUGUUUUGCUCAGUCUCAUUCUGAUAGUCUAUAACAUAAUGCAAAAGAAGAACAUCCCUUUGCCAAGCUCUUUGGCCUCAAUGCUGACAGGAAUAAAACCCUACAUGAACAUAAAAAAAGAGGACAGCACCUUUUCUGUUGUAAAACAUGACGAAACACCAAAUCAGCUGGAGGAAGAUGAGAACGGGAUGACGGAACAAAUUAAUAAUAAUGGUCCUGAGCAUGAGCCCCCCCGCUUUAAAAUUGGCUUAAAAAACACUGAGAGAGAUAACAACAUCAUCCAACCAGAUGUCAGUGGCCUUGUCUUGGAAGUCAGCCUCAGUGACCAGACUGAUGUGAAGGAAAAUACAGAGCUUUUAACCAACAAAAUGGACAAAUCAGACAACAGCUUCUCACCAAGGCCUGUGUCCAUUAAUGGGUAUGACAGGCCUCAUAUUUUAGUAGAAAUGAGCACUGGUGAUACGGUUGAGGGGUAUAGACAUACACAACUGGACUGAGACCAUAAAAGGGAUUGGAUUAGAUUUAUCUGAAUGUUUGUUUGUUAUGUGUCGGCCAAGGAGUAAAACUAGUUUCCAGGAUCACCAGAAACAUUCUUUAGAUGAACCAGUUAAUACAUUUGUAAAACUUUUAAGCAAUAAAACCCAUUUCCAAACCCCAUUAACUUAUUAUUACACCUGGCCAACGAAAACAUUUAGCAGAGUUGUUUGUCUGACAGCAUAUCAUGUUUCGAAAGUCACACCAUGUGUAUUCAUUUGUAAUUUUAUUUAGUCCGUUUUUGGGUUGGUGGUUGACAAUUGGUUAUCGUCAUGGACCUGUAGAAAGGCCACCAACAUAUCAGUAGACUUUACUUACCUGAAGUCAUGAAAGAGCACAGAUCUUGGACAAAAGGAAACACUCCAUCACAGAUGCUAUCCAAACAGUAAACAGGGAUCAUCUGGAACAUUUGUAAUGCCUUGUGUUGGGGACACAAUUUUUGACACACACAUACCUCCCAUGGUGAGUAGCUCCAGGUGCAUUGUUCGAGUGGAAAUAGAUCAUGUCAUGUCCAGUGUGGGAGUUUUCUGUGAUUUUUGGCCAUGUGGCACCUCUGUUAUAUAAUGACUCAAUUGCGUUAUUAUUUCCAGUGGUGUUUCUUUGCCAGUAUUGCCAUUCUACACCUGGAUGACUUGAUGAAUGUUUUAGUCAGUGUAGCCACUGCAUUGAGGUACAAGCUGACUGCAUGAGAACUUACAAACAAGAUCUGUUGCUGACAAGUUGCACACAAAUCUCUUACAGGUUACAUUUGUCUUGUAGAUCAAAUGGGAGGUCAUCUGACUACAUACAUUUGCAGGGUGUGAUAGUAAUGGGUGCUAGACAGAUUUUAACCAAUACCUUCGUGGUGGAAAUGAAUGACUCAUGAGGUUGUUUAUUUUUUAUUUUUUUUUAUUCAUUUUGCAGGUAGUGUUAAGGAAUAAAGGUUGGGUCUGGUUCCUUUGUUGAACUGACCAGUUCUUUCUCACUUUUUCACAAAAAUGACACAAGUGCAGAAUGCUUUGACGUGUCAUGUAUUGAGUAGAUGGCCUAACAAUUAACACAUGUGUUUCACUUUCCUUUUUUCUGGGUCAUCCAGUAUAUUUGAUAAAUCGGGCAUGGACAGGUUUGAAUAAGAACUGCUCACAGCUUAGUCCUAGUCAUAAAUUAGGAAUAUUUAAACAAUCAGCCUUUAAUACAGGUAUUUAUCACAGUUUAAACGGCUUCUAGCACUUAUUUCAUAAUCUUGUGAAUGCUGUUUUUUUUUUUUUUUUAAUAGUGUCAUCAGUCAUGUCUACAGAUAUAAUCAAACUUUAAAGAAAGGAAAUUCAGUUUGACUUAAUGUGAAAUAUAGCUGAUUGACUUUUAAGAAAUGUGUCACACCAAUUGUUAUAAAUAACACUCACUAUAUAGCUUCUAACAUUUUCUAACUUUAAGACUGCAUCAACUUGUAAAAAAAGAAAAAUUCCAAACAUUUGUUUUCAAAUCGUGUUGCUAUUUUAUUUGUACUGCAAUGUGCUUUUCAGUAAUAUUUUUUAGUAAGUUAAUUCUACUGUAGAAAUGCAGUAUGAUUUACUUCUAAGUAUUUAUUGGCCAUUGCAAUGCAAUAUAUAUGUUUCUUACAUUUAACAUGUUACACAAAUUGUACAUUGUUUUGUUACAUUAUGAAUUUUAUUUACAGAUAACUUACCACUGUAUACAAAUUCUAUACCAUGAAAUAUGUUUUAUCUUGUUUUAUGUGAAAUAAACCUAUACUGUAAACCACA